UACCGUUAGGAAAUCACGUGAUCCAAAAAAACAGAACGCGCGACCCAACUAAACCCUAAAAUCACUAUUCUCCAGCAGCUUCUCUCUCCUCCAGCAGCUUCUCUCUCCUCCAACAGCUUCUCUCUCUUCGAGCUUCAACAAUGGACGACGAUUUAAUCGAUUUGAAUAUCGAUUUAAAUCGCGCAAUAGAAGAAAAAUUGUAUAAUUAUGACGAAAAUUUAGAGAAUCAUAGAGAAGUAUAUGACGUUGAAGAUGAAGAUGAAGGCACAUCUCAGCAAGUUAUGGUUGCAAAUCAAUGUAUUGAAGAAGGUUCAAUAAUACAUUCAAUUGAUACAAACCACAGCAUCUUUGAAAAUCCAAAUAAUGAGCAGGGAGAAAACAUUGAUAAAGAAUUAGAUGGCAGUUUAAUUGGAGAAGCAAGGAAAACAACCGAUGAGAUUUAUGAUCUAUAUUGCAAACAUGCUGCUAUUAUUGGUUUUAGUGUACGAAAAGGGAAGAAUAGAUAUAAAGAAGGAACUACAAUUGUUAAUGGAAAAUACUUCUACUGUUCUGCUGCUGGAAUAAGAGACCCUCCUAAAAACAAAGAACUCAAAAAUGAAGAUGAUCAAUCAGAUAAAAGCAUGUAG